AGUCCCUGAAGGCACCGCUGGAUCGGAAGUUGUCUUCUUCUUCUUCUUCCUCGCUACAGACUGGCGUGAUCAAGCUAGCGGUAACUGAGUUAGCCAUGUCAGGUGUCUUGGAAACUUUAGAUGAUCCUGUGGAUGCGAAAGAGGACCGAGAAUUUGAUGAAAAGGCCGAAGACCACCUGGAGGAUGAUUUUUUUAACGACCCGACUCGAUAUAUAUUUUACAGGUAGUGGUUUUUGUACUUUUCAUUCAUGUUUUGGUGCCUAGCUUACUAGCUGCUCUCGCUAAGGGUGGCUAAUAUAAAACAUUACACAUUAAACGAAGACAAUGAUGGUUAAUUAUUGGUCUGUUUUCCACGCUAUAAAUCAGUGUUUAUUUCCUGCUGUAUAGUGGUUUUAUGGUUAAUAACAUCCACUCUCAUGUCAUGUGUUUUAGAGACAGAAAGGAGUGGGCUGAUCUGGAUCCAGUACCCCAGGAUGAUGGACCAAAUCCCGUUGUGAAGAUCGCCUACUCUGAAAAAUGUAAGAUUGUUUGGAUUGUCUGCAAAAAGGAUGAGCAAACACAUAUUAAUAAUCAUUUUUUGUUAUUCACAGUUUUAAUAUCUCCUCAUUUUAUAUCUCCUCAUGUUUUCUUAUCAGAGAGUAGAUGAAAAUACUCCUGCUGGAUUAGAAAGCACUGUCAGGUUUAGGUCUUAUGUGCUUAAGGGUUCUUGUCAUGCGGUAUGGAUCAUCCAGACUGCUCAGGUCAUCUGGUUCAGGUCUGCUGUCUAUCCUCGGAGUCAGACCCAAACCUGGAGAGGCAGCGUUCAGUGUUUGAGCUCCAAAUAUCACUAAACAACAAGAAAAUGUCAAGUCAAGAAAAAAAAUUAAAAUAUGAGACAAAGAUUACCCGAGUAAACACAAAAUGUAGUUUUUCAAUGAUGAUUUCAUUUAUUAAAAGUCAUUGCCUCUGAAACCUAUUAGCUGGCAGAUCCACCCCUGGCAGCAAGAACUGCAGUCAAGCAUUUGCAAUAAUUAGAAAUGAAUCUUUCACAUCACGUCACUGUGGAGGAACUUUGACCCACUCUUCUUUGCAGAACUGUUUUCAUUCAGCCAUAUUGGAGGGUCCAAUCCAAUCCAGAUUUAAUUAUAAAGCACAUUUAAAAGCAACAAAAUUCUGACCAAAGUGCUGUACAGUAAAAAUUAAAAACAAUAAAAACAGACAAGUAACACGAACAAUAAAACAAAGACACAUGAACACAUUAAAAACAGGGGGACAUAGAUGGUUCGGUAAAAACGUGAUUAAAAGGCCAAGUUCUCAGGAGUUAAAAGCCAGGGAGUAAAAGUGUGUUUUCAAAUUUGACUUAAAAACAGGCAGUGAGGGGGACAGUCAGACAUGAGGAGAAGGAGCAAUCCAGAGCUUAGGCACAGUGAUGGAAAAGGCCCGGUCACCCCUGAACUUCAAUCUUGACCUAGGGACAGUCAGAAGGCACCGGUCAGAGGAUCUGAGAGUCUGAGAUGAAGUAUAGGGUUUUAAAAGGUCAGAGAGAUAAAAAGGAGCAAUCCUGUUUAAAGAUUUAUGAGCUAAUAACAAAAUUUUAAAAUCAAUCCUAAAACGCACAGGAAGCCAGUGAAGAGAGGCUAAAAUUGGGGAGAUGUGGUCAUAUUUACAGCGAGCAGAUAAAACACGAGCUGCAGCGUUUUGAACAAGCAUGACCGGCCUGUUGAGGGUCAUGCCACGACAUCUUAAACAGCUUAAAGUCUGGACUGUGACUGGGCCACUCCUAAACCUUUGUUUUUGUUUUUUGUGUCUUUUUUUUUUUUUUUUUUUUUUUUUUUUACUAAUAGAGGCGGACUUUUGGCAGCGUUUUGGAUCAUUGUCCGGUUGCAUAACCCAACCCAAUUUAGUUUUCACAUAGGGUCAAGAUGGUUUGGAUAACAUUUUCCCCUUAAUUGGAUAAAUCAACAUUUAAAAACUGCAUUUUGUAAUUAAUCAGGUUAUCUUUGUCUGAUAUUCAGAUUUCGUCGAUGCUCUGAAACAUGUCAGUGUGACAAAAACAGAAGAAAUCUGUUUUUUUUUAUUCAAGGGGUCAAAUGCGUUUUCUCACUACUGUAUAUAAACUGCCUUGCCUUGCUCUCCAACAGUCGCAGAUGUUUACGACUACUUCCGUGCACUCCUGAAGAACGAUGAAAGAAGCGAGCGAGCUUUCGCCCUGACAGCAGAAGCAAUCGAGCUGAAUGCUGCCAAUUACACAGUUUGGUAAGCAGGGAAUGUUUUGUUUUAUUCAUAUAUAAGGGGAGGCUACUUAAGUUGGAAGGACCACUUCUCGUUUAAAAUAGUCUUUAUUAAAAAUAGAACUGAUUUUGGGAAAGUAUGUUUUGAAAUAUUAAAGAAACUUUCUUCAAAAUGUCUUUGAUCCCAAACUGUAAUUGAAUAGAAGGCCCCUGAUACACUGCAAAAUAACAGUCGUGCAAUUUUUCAGUCAUUCCUCCCCUUUAAAUACGUUUGAUCUUCAGGAUAAAAUGAUCUUGUCCACUGGUAAAAUCCAUUUGAAGAGUUCUGUGGUUUGGAUAUGUGCAGGCACUACAGGCGAGUGCUGCUACAAGCACUAUCAAAGGACCUGAGGAAGGAGAUGGAGUACAUUACUGCCAUCAUAGAGGAGCAACCCAAAAACUACCAAGUCUGGUGGGUGCUGGUAAAAUCAAGUUUAAACUCUGUUUAUCUGAAGUUAUUGGAAAAUGAGACAAUACUUGGAAUUGGAAAUUAUGUAAAGUGUAGAAGGUUUUAAUGUCACUUGGGUUUUAUUUGUUAAAUGUUACUAAAUAUAUGAAAUGCUUUGUGGGUGGUUACAAUUAAAAAAAAAACCUAACUGUGAAAACUCCCAGGCAUCACCGACGUAUGGUGGUCGAGUGGUUGAAUGACCCUUCAGAGGAAUUGGAGUUCAUUGCAGACAUUCUCAGCCAGGAUGCAAAGAACUACCACGCCUGGCAGCACAGACAAUGGGUCAUUCAGGUAAUUCUAACACACUGACAUAAAUUUUGAUCUCGCUCUUAUCUGGAUUCAGAACUGUGAUGACAGAUUGAUCCAUAAAUCAUAGCCCCAAUAAAUCCUUCAUGCUUUCGUUUAUUUACCUAUUUAUUUGAUUGGGACGAUACAUGUCCAUCUCAUCUCUGUUCCAAAUAAAUGAAGAGCAACCAAUCUCGUGUAUAAGGACUUUUGGCCAUUGCUGAUUUAUAUUUCACGUCCCUGGUCCGGCAGCUGGAAACGGGACUCAUGAUACAAAACUGUGAAACAAACUUAAAAAAUUAGAAUCAUAGCAGACUAGACAAGAAAUCACACAUUUUCAUAAAAACUAAAAACAAAGCAGACACUAAAAAUAGCAACCAUUCAGAUGCAUUAAAAACUAUCAAUUGACGAGAGCAUUGAUGGCUACAUACAUGUGUGAGAGCUAACAGUGAAGCCAAUACAUAAGUUACUGUUCACAGAGUUGUUGUUUUUGUUGAAGCCAUAGUUGUGUUUUAAUGUUGGAAACUCCUCUGAUGGUAGGAUGAUCCAAAUCUGUAGACCUUAAACUGAGACAGAGGACUGGCCAAAUCCUCUAUUGUACUUUGCUGGUUUACAGCCCCCACUAACUGUACCACUUGUGGUAGCUCCUUUUUAUUUUAGUAUUUUUGAAUCAUGUCGGUCCAGAUCUGGAGCAUUCACACACAGUAAAUGAUAGUUUUGUAGAAUUUUGCAAUAGUGCCAUUUCACUGGCUUUUGGUCCAAUGUUUUUAGGGUUGGUUUGUAUAAUGACAGCAUAUGCUAGACUACCGGUUGGUAGUCACAAUAGGAGAAGUGUGGGAAAACCAUAGAGUGCAUGUACUACUGGGCAGCCUUAAUUGGUUGAAGGAUCUUAUAAACAGAAAGUAAAUCAGAUUAGUCUUGAUGUUUUUUGAUACUUUUUUGAAAUGUGAUUCAAAUUUUAAGUGGGGAUCCAAGACAACACCUGGAUAUUUAGACUCAUUGACUUUCUGUGUUUACUCCUGAUCAAUAGUCAACAAAGUUAUUACAGUUCAAUGUUGAGAAGUGGUUUUUCAGCUCCUUCUUUAGGCCCCUGACAAGUCCCUAUUUAUAAAGUCUGCAGCCAUCGGUGAGGUGUUUAAUGAUACAUAAAUAGCUGCAUCAUCAGCACACAUCUGACAGUCAACAUCUUUACAGCUCAUUAAUGCAUAGAAAAAAAGCAGUGGCUCCAGAAUGGAGCCUUGUGGCACACCAAUAUUACAGUUUAAAGGGAAGGUACAGGGUUUUUUAUUUUAACACAUUGCCGCCGAGACUUGAUUUCAGAUAUGACACCAGCUGUGAGUUUGUUUGGAGAAGUUUACAAAGUUAAAAAGUGAGCCAUGGUUUACACUAUCAAAGGCCUUUUUUAGGUUCAGAAAUGCAGCUCCAACAAUUGUAGCAUCGUCUAAUGAUUUUUUAAUGGUUUCUGUAAGAUAACAUGUAGCCAUGAUCUAUAAAGUUUUUGUUGACGUGGGGGUUGAGUUUUUCUGUGAUCAAUAUUUGUCUGAUGCAUGGUGGGGCUUCAACCAACACAGUGUGAUAACAAGAUUGUUGCCAAUAAAUCUCUCGCUCAAUCUCCAGGAGUACAAACUGUGGGAAAACGAGCUGGAGUUUGUGGAGAAUCUCCUGGAGGAAGACGUGAGAAAUAACUCUGCAUGGAACCAGAGACAUUUCGUUAUUUCUCACACAACAGGCUUCUCUGACCCUGCCAUCAUCGAGAGGGAGAUCGAGUGAGUACUUUUUCUGUACGUUCGGACUAUAAGAAGGUCAGUGAGUUUUGUACCUCUGAAGCUGAACAGAGUGUGAUAGCAGAUUUUUAAAGUCACGAUCUCUAACUGUGGAUUAUCUGUAAAGAUUCCGGCUCUGUCUGUUAACAUCACACACGAUAAAAGAAAUUCAGAGGAAUAGUUUCUUGAGUGAUGAGCAAUAGUUGUUUAAUGACUUCUUAAGUGUAUGCAGGUGAAUUGGUUUUCUAACUGCACUGUUUUUUGUGUCUUUGUGUAAGGUAUUGUCUGAACCAGGUCCGAAAGGCUCCCCACAAUGAAAGUGCAUGGAACUAUUUGAAAGGGUAAGAUGUUAAUUAUGUGAUAUAUUUUCAACAUGGUUUAUACAACAUGUUUUUGUACUUUCUCUGGUGUAUUGAUAAACUUUUCCUGUUUAGCUGACUGAAAGCUAAAAUUUAACAUUCACCUGGUUUUAAGUGCUAAGAAGAAACCUCAAGUUCAGGACAAGCGAUGAGUGUAAACUCACCAAAUUAUUCCCUCUUGAUUUAUGAUCAAGGAUGCUGCAGGACAGAGGUCUGUCAUCACAACCAGGUUUGCUGGAAAGGAUCCUUGAGCUGAAGGAGACACAUUGUUCAACUUAUCUGCUAGCGUUUCUGUUUGAUUGCUAUGAGGACGCUUUGGAGAGCAGCCAGCAAAAAGAAAAUAUGACAGAAGAGGAGCAAAAGGAAACUUUAAAAAGGGCUCUUGAGGUCAGUGCAUAUUUAAAGCCAAACAGAACCUGGACACAGAAGAAAAAAUACUUUUUGUUUAAUUGCAGUGAAUUCUCUCUAACUUCUCUUCUGUUUGUUUCAUCUUUUUGAAGAUUUGUGAACUUCUGGCACAUAAAAAGGAUACCAUCCGCAGGGAGUAUUGGCUGUUUUUGGGACGUUCUUUAAAGAGCAGAUUUGGAUGCAAUAGUCCCUCUGAUGAGCCUCUGCCAGAUAAUCCUGAACCAGUCCCAGCAUCUGGGACACCAGCAGCGAACUAGACCUGCACAAGCCUCACUCUAUUUACACCCCUGCCCUGCUUCAGAACUACUGUCAGAAGAAUCCACUCCUUUGUUUCAUAUUUUACACUGCUGACUCAAACAGAUGAAAAAAAAAUGUGGAAAUGUACCUUUAACAGAGUAUGAUAACACAUGAAAUAGAAAAGCUAGGUGCCAUUUCGAGACAGAAUAGAGAUGUGCAUUAAACUGUAGGUCUAUUUUCUCAUCUUCUCUCACCUGUAACAAUGACAUGUGACACCUUUUUUCAUCUAAUAUCUGCUUUACCAUUUGAGCAUUUGUCCUUAGUUUGGUGAAGAAUAAAUGUUUUGUUGUGUUAUAAACCCUAGAAGAUCUGUUUUUGAGAGGCCUCCCUUGAGUGAACAUGUCUUGGUGUUUGCAAAUACACCCUGAAGUUUGAAGAAAACCUCCUACAGGAAGAGGAUCUGGACUAAGUUAUUCGGACAGUUUAAGAUCAAAUGAAAUUACAUAAUACUUUUUUUUUUUUGUAUUUGACGGUUUUCAAACUGAGCUUGUCUUAAUAAUAUUUUAUCUUUACUCAGUAGUUUGUUGGUUUUGUCAAAAUGUCACAAAUAUGAAGCUUCAUAAAAAGUAAAAAUCAAAGCUCA